AGACAUUGGAAGGUCUCCAAGUACAUAAAAGUAUUUUCUUAUGAAUGAUGGAAUAAGGAGAAUGAAGGAAUUGGGAAUAUGAACAUGAGAUGGCCCAUGUAGUCCCAUUCAAUCAUUCAUUUAUAGGCAUUUGGUAAAUAGAUGAUGGUACUGUACUAGGUCUUGGAGUGAGAUGUUGAAAGGAGAGUCUUCCUCCAAGUUUACUAUCUAGUUAGAAGAAAACAAAGAGACACAUUCAUGAAAUAAGAAAGAAUGGUAUAAAAGAAAUUGUAAGGUAGGGUAAAAUAUUAGAUUAAUGACAAAUAUUCUUUUUUUAAUAUUUUAUUUUAUUUUAUAAUAACUUUAUAUUGACAGAAUCCAUGCCAGGGUAAUUUUUUUUUACAGCAUUAUCCCUUGCACUCACUUCUGUUCCGAUUUUUCACCUCCCUUCCUCCACCCCCUCCCCUAGAUGGCAAGCAGUCCUAUAUAUGUUAAAUAUGUUGCAGUAUAUCCUAGAUACAAUAUAUGUUUGCAGAACCGAGCAGUUUUCUUGUUGCACAGGGAGAAUUGGAUUCAGAAGGUAAAAAACAACUCGGAAAAAAAAACCAAAAUGCAAGUAGUUCACAUUCAUUUCCCAGUGUUCUUUCUUUGGGUGUAGCUGCUUCUGUCCAUCAUUUAUCAAAUUGAAAUUGAGUCUUUGUCAAAGAAAUCCACUUCCAUCAGAAUACAUCCUCAUACAAUAUCGUUAUCGAAAUGUAAAGUGAUCUCCUGGUUCUGCUCAUUUCACUUAGCAUCAGUUCAUGUAGGUCUCUCCAAGUCUCUCUGUAUUCAUCCUGCUGGAAUGACAAAUAUUCUUAAGUGUUAUAGGAAUUUAAAAUAAAGACGAUGGCCAUUGUGGUUGGAAUCAAAGAAUGCUUCAUAGAGAUGAAUUGUUGCUGUUUGUCCUUGAUGGCAUCAGGAAGAUGAUACCAUGCAUACAAGUGAACAGGAUUGAAGUGAGGGAGGGCUGUGCAAGAUCACCUCAUUUUCCCCUCCAGAGGAUCUGGGUUCAGUGGCCAGAUACAGAUCAGGACGACUGGAGAUGGCCCUGGAUGCAGUGAGAAACCUGGGCCUUUGUAAGCUAAGAUCUCCAACAAAUCUCAGUUUAAUGCCCAACCAUUGGUUAAAGCAAGGUAAGAAAUGAGGCAGAAAAUGACUUAUUUUACCUAGUAAAAAAGGAGGGGAUCAAUCUGGGAGGGGAAAACCUUUAGGGUUGCUGGCCAAAAUGAGAAUUGCUAUUUAUGUUCACUCUGAGGCAAUCAGGGCCAAAGCAGCGAGAAGUGGGCUUGGCCUGGGACCUUUUGUUGGCCAAUCAGUGGGAGCCUGAGUGAUUUGGAUUUAAAGAAAGAAAUCUUGCCCUGAAUCCCAAGAUAGGAAGGAGGGAAGGAGGGAAAGAAAAGGGAGGAAGGAAGAAGAAGAGAUGAGUAGUGAGAACCAAAAAAAAAAAAAGUGUUAUGAGUCUCCCUAAUUAGAGCAUGGGGCAUCUAGUUGGUAAAGUGGACCUGGAGUCAGGAGGACCUGAGUUCAAAUUUGAUCUCUCUCAGACACUUACUAGCUAUGUGAUAUUGGGCAAGUCACUUAAUCCUGUUUGCCUCAGUUUCCUCAUCAGUAAAAUGAGCUGGAGGAGAAAAUGGGCAAACCAUUCUAAUAUCUUUGCCAAAAAACUUCAAAUGGGAUCAUGGGGAGCCAGACAUGACUAAAUGAACAAAGCAACAGUCACAACAAGGUCAUAGAAAUAUUUAAAAGAAGGGGAUAAUUAAGAAAGUAACUCCUUUUUGAAAGAAAAAACUUUAGUGAUCCUCAAAUCUUUCAGUUACUAAUCUCUACUAUCCUGGGAUGAGGUAAUUGAUAUUUUUGGACCUCUAAUAAAACUGCAUUGCAUAUAUUCCGAAGACACCUGACUCUCACAACUGAGACAUGGGAGCAAGGCCAAGAGGUUGGAAUGCUCUGGAGAGGGUAAGAAUAACCUACAAUGGCUUAGAGAGCUGCUGUCAUUUUUUUUUGUCUCUUUGCAGUUGUCAGGAAAUGACCAGCCUUGGAAGCAAUCAGUUCCCUGAAGUUUAAACCUGAGGAAGAAGAAAUUGGGCUCUGGUCAAUGGACCAAUUUUUUUUUUCCUUUUCACAUUUCCAGGAUUAAUAGUUGGGCCUCUUUCUAGCUAAAAAAUAAACAUAUAAUCCUGUGGGAUUUUCCCCAUAUUACUUUGGUCUGGAAAGCACCACAUUCCAAGAUUUCUUGGGGGAAUUACUGAAAUAUGGAACGUUGGGACUUGCUGGGGUUUCUGAUCAUCACAUUAAACUGCAAUGUGACAAUUGUAGGAAAGAUCUGGCUCAUUUUCACAAUAAUGCUGAGAAUGCUGGUAAUCAUUUUGGCAGGCUAUCCAAUCUACCAAGAUGAGCAAGAGAGAUUUGUUUGUAAUACUCUGCAGCCGGGAUGCUCCAACGUCUGCUAUGACAUGUUUGCCCCCGUAUCCCACUUCCGGUUUUGGCUGAUCCAGAACGUGGCUGUUCUCCUGCCAUACGCCGUGUUCAGUGUUUAUGUCCUUCACAGAGGAGCCCUACGUGCCGCGGGAGGAGCCCCACCAGAUUGUUGUAGAGGGAGACAUAUCCUUACUGGCCGGCCUGGUGGUUCUCGUCUGAAUGUCCCUCACUUUUCCACUGCCUACAUAGCACAACUUCUCCUACGGAUCCUGACUGAAGCAGCUUUUGCUGGUGCCCAAUACUAUCUCUUUGGAUUUUGGGUUCCAAAGCGGUUUUCUUGUUAUGACUCCCCUUGUACAAGCGUGGUGGAUUGCUACAUCUCCCGACCUACAGAGAAAUCAAUCAUGAUGCUUUUUAUUUGGGGAGUCAAUGUUCUGUCCUUCCUCCUAAGUUUUGUCGACUUGAUUUGUAGCAUGCAGAGAUGGCUGAGACGGAAGCACCUGGCCAGACAGGGGAUCAAAACUACUUGUGUCAAACAAGAGCAGAGCCCUCCAAGCAUCUUUCCAGGCGAAACCAGGAACUGUCUGACCUCAGAGGUAGGAGGGGAACCUCCACACUUGGUGAAGAGUUCUAGUCAGACCAGUGACAACGAUGAAUGGCUUGACUCGAGAGAGGAAGAUGUUUCUCUUCAUCCUAUGGUAUGGCCUAAAGAUGAAGCUUCCAGGUCAAACCUUCACAGUCCAGGCAAUAAGUCCUGUUCUUCAGGAAGAAUGGCUUUUCCAGAUGAAGAUGGCAGUGAGGUGAUGUCCAGUGGCAGUGAACCGCAAGGGAUAGUUCAUAAGCAGCUGCAGGGCAGACCUGUCAAAGAGAUGGUCCAGCCUCCCAGGCCCAAAGACAGCCCCCAGCGUGGAGAACUUGCAUCCGCCCCACGAAGCAGACUUGGAGGGCAUUAUUCCUCCAGUGAGCUAAAACCUUCUGCUUCUCAGGUGAGCUGUGGCAGCCCUAGCUACCUGAGGGCCAAAAAGUCAGAAUGGGUAUAAAAAUACGGUAACCAGAUGGGUAUUAAGGUCUGAGAAAGAAAAUGGCCUAGCGAAGGCCCUUCAGUCUCAGCAGCCGCAGUCAUGGCGGAUGGAAACCACAAGAAAGAUCCAAUCUCACUUUUGUGUGGCACAUGCAAAUAUCCAGGGAGGAAUGAUGAAAGGAAAGCAAAAAGCUGGCUAAGGAGAAAGACGAUACAGGAAACUCAGACAGGUUGUCUUCACAGAUUUAAUUUCGAUAACGUUGGCUGCUGGAAAAUAAGAUUUAUUUUAUGCUUUGUAAAGUUUGGAUACUGUUCCAAAGAAUAUCACUCUAAGCUCAUAAUGCUACUUGUUUUGAUGGUAUUUUGGUUCGUAUUUCCUCUUGAAAGCCUAACGAUAGCCAAAAAUGAUUCAGCUGGGGCACAAAAUUGAAUUGAAAAACUAAUUUUAAGCUUAUCUUCAGUAAUACGCUUGAAUAGUUUCCCUGUAUACUUUAAAGGGAUAUCAUGUGGGGACCACUUGAUUUUUACAAGUACAACAUACACCUCAAGACUUUGUAUCUUUGUAUAAGUGCCUGAAAAGAUACUGCUGGACUCCAUUGGCAACAUUCAGAUGCCAACCAGGAAGUUUAUGAUAAAAAAAACUGGCAAAUUUUAGGUCGCUGCUAAUCUAAUUGUUGUUAUUUAAAGUUAGAGUUUGGUUAAUUCUCUUCUAAGAUGUUUAGUGUGAAGUGUUGUCCCUUUUACUACUGGAACUCAAUUGUACUUUCAUGGGUUAUGGGGAAGUAGUUUCUUGGAUAAGAAAAGACUUAUGGCUUAGGGGGAAUCAGAAUCAUUGAUAGAAACCUUAGCUACCAUCUAGUGUGACUUCCUUAUUUUAAAGAGUUUUAAUAACUGUGGAUGUUGCUGCAUAAGAUUCUUAACUCUUGCUUAUUGGUACUCCUAUCUGGAAGGGGGAAGUGACAGAUCUCACAUAUCCCUCACCUGCUUCCCGACUGUGAACCUUUUCCUUCCUAUUGUGGAGACAAGAGAGUCAAUCAGC